GCCCGAAGGGAUCAUGGCGCUGGAAGCCGGGGGGAUGGAAGAUGGGGAGCUGUCCGGUUCCGACUCCGACAUGACGGUCGCUCAGUCGGACAGGCCGCUGCAGACCUCGCCUCCAUCGAAGGUGUCAGCUGGAGGCAUCUCAGCCAGGUCUUUCUCAAGCAGCAUUACAGCAUGUCCCCAGGUAACUCAUUAUCGGGCAAUUAAAGGCGAGGACUCCAGUGAAGAAAGCGUAUCUGAUUCAGAUGAGGACAGUUCCCUGUGGAAACGAAAGCGCCAGAAGUGUUUCAACCUUCCUCCCAAAGCGGAACCUUUUCAGUUUGGUCAGAAUAGUCAGAAACAGUCUUUUCUGGGAGGGAGGAAGGUGAACAACAUCUGGGGUAUGGUACUUCAGGAACAGACCCAAGAUGCAGUAGCUACUGAACUUGGAAUCUUGGAAAUGGAGGGCAAUAUUGACAAGAGCAGGCAGUCUGAGACCUAUAAUUACUUGCUAGCUAAAAAGAUCAUGAGAGAAUCUCAGCAGGAAACGGAGAAAUUAGACAAAGAGUUGUAUGAAUACAUGCAUGAUGACAAAAAAAUUGAACCAAAAGAGGAGGAAAAUGGAAACAGCCAUCUCAAACGAAAACGGCCCGUGAAAGACAGACAAGAAAUGAAUUAUAAAGGACGGUAUGAUAUUGGUGAAGAGGAUUCUGAGGAAAAAGUGGCAGAUGAAAUUUCCUUCAGACUGCAGGAACCAAAGAAAGACUUGAUAGCCCGAAUAGUGAGAAUAAUUGGGAUUAAAAAGGCAAUUGAACUGCUGGUGGAAACUGCUGAAGUGGAACAAAAUGGUGGACUCUUUAUAAUGAACGGAAGCAGAAGAAGAACACCUGGAGGUGUUUAUCUGAAUUUGUUGAAAAACACUCCUAGCAUAACUGAAGAGCAAAUUAAGGAAAUUUUCUACAUUGAAAACCAGAAGGAAUAUGAAAAUAAAAAAGCGGCAAAGAAGAGAAGAAUACAAGUCUUGGGGAAAAAGAUGAAGCAAGCUAUUAAAGGUCUCAAUCUUCAAGAAUAUGAUGAUGCAUCUCGAGAAACUUUUGCUAGCGAUACAAAUGAGGCAUUGGCCUCUCUGGAUGAUUCACAGGAAGGACAUAGUGAAAUUAAGUUAGAUUCAGAGGAAGCUAUCGAGGUUGAUCAUUCUCACGAUUUGGAGAUCUUUUAAUGGUGUCUUGAAUACUAAAAAAAAUAUAACAACUAAAACAUUAAAAUUAGCCGUUUUAUUGUUGGGACUAUGUUGAUCGUUUUUGUUUACAACAUGGCAAAGAAAAUGUGAGGACUAGAAGAGGAAUUGCUUCAUUUCGUGUUUUGGGCAAUUGAUCUAAUAAGUUCGCUGUGUUUUUUUGUCUGUUGUUUUUGUAUUGGUGUAUAUACUAUUUUCAAUCUGUUUUUGGAUCUCCAAAAUAAACUUUAAAGUGUCUGAGGCCAUUCUCAAUACCUUUGAAAAA